CCCUGGAUUUUGAUGAAAAGACUGUGAAUGCUGAAGAUUACAAGACUGAUGUUAAGAAUGCCCCCUUGAAGACCCAUUUCCAGGCAAUUGUUGACAAUGCAACACUGGACUGUGAGGGCGAAAGAAACAUCUUUUAUGCACCCAAAUUUAUUGCCGGUCUGGUAAAUCACCUUCUACCACAUGCAACUUUGUGGUCAUCAAUGAUGCUCGGGGAUCUUGGACGUCAUGGUACUGGUCCUGCUUACCAGCAGCUCAGUAAACUCUAUAGUGACAUUCAGCAAUCCAAGAACCAGAAUUUUACACAAGACAACAGAACCCAAGGAAUCAUGGAGAAAAGCCAGUGGGAUUUGAAAAAAAUCCGUAUCCAGAGAAGGAGACUGACAAGGCUUGAUGACUUUGUGGAAAUUUAUCAAAAAAUGCACGAUGCCCUCCUGCUUGAAUAUGCAGACAUGAAAAAAUCAAGACAAAAGUCUUUUCGCGUGGAAAUGGAGAAAUGGAAAGACAAACGCAUUAAACGAAAAGGUGUGUACGUGUCACCGUUAGUGACAGAAAUUCCACUGAAGAAGAAGAAAACUGAGGUAAAAGGGAAGACCACUGUUCAAACCUUUAAACAGGAACAGCACAAACAAUAUGAUGCUCCUCAAAACCAGGAUGAGAGCCAGGAACAAAUAGCCGUUUGCCAAAAAAAAGCAACAUACAUGGCUAAUAAAGUGUCGGUCACAGUAUGGAAAGGAGAUUUAUGUGCCUUCAAAGUGGAUGCAAUCGUUAAUGCAGCAAAUGAAAGUCUCUCUCACGUGGGUGGACUUGCAGGGGCACUGUCUGCUACUGGAGGACAUACUAUCCAAACAGAAAGUGAUCUCUUCAUUGCUAAAAAUGGCAAGUUAAAGGCUGGACAACUUGCAGUGACCACAGCAGGCAAACUACCGUGCAUGAAGCUGAUUCAUUUGGUAGGCCCGUGUCUGCAGAAUGAACCAACAUUGCACAUGAUAUCCCAUGCAAAGAAAAUUUUAUCUAAAGGUAUUUUGAACAUCAUGACAUGUGCAGAAGAGCACAAAUUUUCCUCUGUUGCCAUUCCAGCAGUGAGCUCUGGAAUAUUCAACUUUCCAGUCUCAAUCUGUGCUGAUGUUGUAGUCACCACAAUCAAAAAAUACAUCGAACAUAAGAACCCCACAAGUCCUCCAUUUGAAAUACACCUGGUAAACAACGAUGAUCCAACCGUGAAGGAAAUGGAAAGGGCCUUCAAAGAGAUCCUUUUGGAGCCACUCUCUGAUGUCAGGAGGACAGGGCCAGGGGAUUCUCCAUCUACACUGGAAAGGACAGAGCACCUUGUGAGAAAAUCAACCGGUCUGACAAAGGACACUGCAUCACAGGUCGCAUAUCUGUGGAAACAACAGGAAACGGAAGUUGUUGUUUCGGUGGUCCCAUCUCAGAUUAGAGGUAACAACUUUGUCAUAUGUCACAGUGAGUUCCUGACACUUAGACCACACAGCUGGCUUGUUGGAGAGGUAUGUAAUCCAGUUUUUUUUAAAAACAAAACAUAAAAAUAAAUAAAUAAAAAGGACUGCAUAAGGUUAACGUUAAAGCUGGGGCAGAACAUUGGUUUUUCCCUACACAUUCAGUAAGUACUGCUUUAGAUCAACAUUCCAGGCAUAUCCUCAUGACUUAAUACUGAGUAUACGUAAGUAAAAAACUAUUUAUUAACCUUUAUAUUCCAAAACUUUAUCAUGUUUACAAAGUAAUAAAAUGUUAUUUAUUAUACUCCUCAGGUCAUUGAAAGUCUCCUGCACCACUGGGCCAUUCAGCUAAAUCUGGGAAAUAAUAUCUACAUUAUGAACCACUACACGAGCGGUGUGAUCCUCUAUGGAGAGAGAGAACUAAUCAGGAGACAAAGCUUGUUCAAGGUAAACUUUGACAACUACACAGCCAUUUUAUCCUUUGUGAACAUUGGAAAUGUACACUGGAAGUUUCUGUACAUAAAUGCAGAUGACAGCUGUCUGUAUUUGGUCGAUCCUUCGAGAAACUCUUUGGAGCAGGAAGAGUCUGACCGUGCAGCCAAAAGAUUUCGUGAAUACUUCAAAAUGAGGAGGACAUGCUACAACAAAACAGACUGGGUGAAUGUGAGACUUCGAGGAGGAGUACUGACACAUCCAUUUCAACGUGAUGGUUCUAGCUGCGGGGUAAUGGUCAUCAUGAUGGCCAAAGAAGUAAUGGAAGCAUUCCCAAAUAAACCCGAAAUGACAUUUUUGACGACAAAAAGAGAUGGCCCAGGCACGAAGGACAUUUGCACAGACAAUGCUUGAGGC